AUGACGCGUCCCGACCUCGCCUGUCCUGUCCAACAGGCGUGCCUUCACAUGCACAACCCGCAGGACGAACACCUGGCGCUGGUGAAGCGCAUCCUGCGCUAUGUUCGUGGUACGACUACGCUCGGUUUCCAGCUGCUCGCCUCACCGUCCACCGAGGUGAUCGCGUACUCGGAUGCCGACUGGGCAGGCUGUCCAGACACCAGGCGUUCUACUUCUGGCUACUGCGUCUACAUCGGCGAUUCCCUCAUCUCUUGGUCGUCGAAACGCCAACCAACAGUAUCCCGGUCAAGCGCCGAGGCGGAGUAUCGGGCAGUGGCCAAUGCUGUAGCCGAAUGCUGCUGGCUCAAGCAGCUUCUGGGCGAGCUGGACUGCGUAUUUCUGAAGGCAACCGUGUUUCUCUACAAAUUCGAUGGUGCAGAUGCAUGCUUCGCCUUGGCACCACGUACGUACGGCGCCGGCGCAUAG